CCAAACUCCAUAUUUAACCCCUCCUUCUCCACUCCCCCCUUUCUCACCCAAAUUCUCCUCAUCUCUUCCUCCCACCAUGGACAAAGCUUCAGCUCCCAACAAAGAACACAGUCUCCCCUGCUUCACCCAAUCCAUGAAUCUCAAACACGUGAAGCUCGGCUACCAUUACUUGGUCUCACACGCCAUGUAUCUCCUCCUCCUUCCUCUUCUCGCCGCCGCUUCCGCAAAGUUCUCGGCUCUCACUGCGGAUGACUUCCAGCUCCUAUGGGACAAGCUUCAGUACAAUCUUAUCUCUGUUGUGCUCUGCUCUGCGCUGAUUGUCUUCCUCUCCACCAUUUACGUUAUGAAGAGUCCGCGUCCGGUUUAUUUGCUGGACUUCUCUUGUUAUAAGCCGGAGGAGAAGCAGAAGAGUACGAGGGAAGGGUAUAUACAGAGGGCGAAGCUCACCGGAGCUUUUACGGAGGAAAGCUUAGCAUUUCAAGAAAGGGUGAUCGAGCGGUCAGGGCUGGGAGAAACAACGUAUCUUCCGGAAUCCAUAGCGAGAAUUCCGGCGAAUCCGUGCAUGUCCGAGGCAAGGAAGGAGGCCGAGGCGGUGAUGUUUGGGGCCAUUGAUGAGCUCUUGGCCAAGACAAGGGUGAAGGCCAAGGACAUUGGUAUUCUUAUAGUUAACUGUAGCCUUUUCAACCCUACCCCAUCACUCACCGCCAUGAUUGUCAAUCACUACAAGCUUAGGAGUAACAUUCUUAGCUAUAAUCUGGGUGGCAUGGGCUGCAGUGCUGGCCUCAUCUCCAUAGACCUUGGCAAGCAACUUUUACAGGUCCACCCCAACUCCUACUGCCUCAUCAUCAGCACAGAGAACAUAACUCUCAACUGGUACCUCGGCAACACUCGCUCCAUGCUCCUCUCCAACUGCCUCUUCCGCGUCGGCGGCGCCGCCAUCCUCCUCUCCAACCGCCGCCCGGAUCGCCGCCUCUCCAAAUACCAGCUCCUCCACACCGUCCGCACCCACAAAGGCUCCGACGAUCGCUCCUACAACUGCGUCCUCCAAUCCGAAGACCCAAACGGCAUCGCCGGCGUCUCCCUCUCGAAAGACCUCAUGUCUGUCGCCGGCGAAGCACUCAAAACCAACAUCACCACUCUCGGCCCCCUCGUCCUCCCAAUUUCUGAACAACUCCUCUUCUUCGCCUCGCUUGUCGCCCGCCGCCUCGUCCGAAUCAAAAAGUUCCGGCCUUAUAUCCCGGACUUCAAGCUGGCUUUCGACCACCUCUGCAUCCACGCCGGCGGCAGGGGAGUGCUGGAUGAGCUGGAGAAGAACCUCCGGCUGACAGAGAGACACAUGGAGCCGUCGAGGAUGACGCUAUAUAGGUUCGGGAAUACUUCCAGCAGUUCGUUGUGGUAUGAAAUGGCGUACACGGAGGCGAAGGGGAGGAUGAAGAAGGGGAACCGGACAUGGCAGAUAGCAUUCGGUUCGGGUUUUAAGUGUAAUAGUGCGGUUUGGAAGGCGUUGAGGACGGUCGAACCGGUCGAGGAGAAGAAUCCAUGGAUGGAUGAGAUUGAUUCUUUUCCGGUUCGGGUUGGGUGAUUUUAAUUUAGCAUUUUUUAUUUGAUUGUAGAGAAAUAUUUGUGUACGUCAAUAAUCCCGCAAUAACCUCCGCUUCGCGGUUAUUAGGGGAUUAUUGAGAGUUUAUUGAGUAUUAAUUCUAAUAACAUAUAAUCCUAAUAACCUUCACGGACUUUAUUUAGAUGUUAUUCAUAUGUUAUUAUGAAGGUAUUGCGGGGUUAAUAGAGUACGCGCGCAGAAUUACGUGCGUAUUACAGACGCAAAUAUUUCCCUUAAUUGUGAGGGGAUAAAGUUAUAUGAGAGAUUUUUUAUGGGAAUUAUUUAGA